CUGAGGAGGUCGUGGUCGCUGCGAUGGUUCUGAGGCACACCGGGCGGCGACGCGCGGAGCCGGGCGCGGACGGCGAGGCCAGCCGCGAUGAUGGCCCAUCUUCCUCAGUCUCUGCGCUGAAGCGCCUGGAACGGAGUCAGUGGACGGAUAAAAUGGACUUGCGAUUUGGUUUUGAGAGGCUGAAGGAGCCUGGUGAGAAGACUGGCUGGCUUAUCAACAUGCACCCUACUGAGGUGUUAGAUGAAGAUAGACGCUUAGUCAGUGCAGUAGAUUACUACUUUAUUCAAGACGAUGGAAGCAGAUUUAAGGUGGCCUUGCCCUAUAAGCCGUAUUUCUACGUUGCAACCAGAAAGGGUUGCGAACGAGAAGUUUCAUCUUUUCUCUCCAAGAAGUUUCAGGGUAAAAUUGCGAAAGUAGAGACUGUCCCCAAAGAGGACCUGGACUUGCCAAAUCACUUGGUGGGUUUGAAGAGAAAUUACAUCAAACUGUCCUUCCACACUGUGGAGGACCUUGUCAAAGUGAGGAAGGAAAUUUCCCCUGCUGUGAAGAAGAAUCGGGAGCAGGACCGUGUCAGUGAUGCUUACACAACCAUGCUCUCCAGUGUUCUGCAAGGGGGCAGUGUAAUUACUGAUGAAGAGGAAACCUCUAAGAAGGUAGCUGACCAACUGGACAACAUAGUGGACAUGCGCGAGUAUGACGUCCCCUACCACAUCCGCCUCUCCAUUGACCUCAAGAUCCACGUGGCUCAUUGGUACAACGUCAGAUACCGAGGAAAUGCUUUUCCAGUGGACCUCACCCGCCGGGACGACCUUGUUGAGCGACCCGACCCUGUGGUGUUGGCAUUUGACAUUGAGACCACCAAACUGCCUCUCAAAUUUCCCGAUGCUGAAACAGACCAGAUUAUGAUGAUUUCCUACAUGAUCGAUGGCCAGGGCUACCUCAUCACCAACAGGGAGAUCGUUUCUGAAGACAUCGAAGAUUUUGAGUUCACCCCCAAACCAGAAUACGAAGGACCCUUUUGUGUCUUCAAUGAACCUGAUGAGGUCCAUCUGAUCCAGAGAUGGUUUGAGCACAUCCAGGAGACCAAACCCACCAUCAUGGUCACCUACAAUGGGGACUUUUUUGACUGGCCAUUCGUAGAGGCCAGAGCAGCAGCCCACGGCCUGAGCAUGUACCAGGAGAUCGGCUUCCAGAAGGACAGCCAGGGGGAGUACAAGGCGCCCCAGUGCAUCCACAUGGACUGCCUCAGGUGGGUAAAAAGGGACAGCUACCUUCCUGUGGGCAGUCAUAACCUGAAGGCAGCUGCCAAGGCCAAGCUUGGCUACGACCCUGUCGAGCUGGAUCCUGAGGACAUGUGCCGGAUGGCCACCGAGCAGCCCCAGACUCUGGCCACGUACUCUGUGUCGGACGCGGUUGCCACCUACUACCUGUACCUGAAGUACGUGCAUCCCUUCAUAUUCGCCCUGUGCACCAUUAUCCCUAUGGAACCCGAUGAGGUGCUGAGGAAGGGCUCCGGCACGCUGUGCGAGGCCUUGCUGAUGGUGCAGGCCUUCCACGCCAACAUCAUCUUCCCCAACAAGCAAGAGCAGGAGUUCAACAAGCUAACAGAGGACGGUCACGUGCUGGAUGCCGAGACCUACGUGGGGGGCCACGUGGAGGCACUCGAGUCCGGCGUCUUCCGCAGUGACAUCCCCUGCCGGUUUAAGAUGAACCCUGCUGCCUUUGACUUCUUGCUGCAGCGGGUGGAGAAGACCAUGCGCCACGCCAUUGAGGAGGAGGAGAAGGUGCCUGUGGAGCAGGCCACCAACUUCCAAGAGGUGUGUGAUCAGAUAAAGACCAAGCUCACCUCCCUGAAAGAUGUUCCCAACCGAAUCGAAUGUCCCCUUAUCUACCACCUGGAUGUGGGGGCCAUGUAUCCCAACAUCAUCCUAACAAACCGCCUGCAGCCCUCGGCCAUGGUCAACGAAGCCACCUGUGCUGCGUGUGACUUCAACAAGCCUGGAGCAAACUGCCAGAGGAAGAUGGCCUGGCAGUGGAGGGGCGAGUUCAUGCCAGCCAGUCGCAGUGAAUACCAUCGGAUCCAACACCAGCUGGAGUCAGAGAAGUUCCCCCCCUUGUUCCCCCAGGGGCCCAUGCGGGCCUUUCAUGAGCUGUCCCGGGAGGAGCAGGCCAAAUAUGAGAAACGGAGGCUGGCAGAUUACUGCCGGAAAGCCUACCAGAAGAUUCACCUCACCAGGGUGGAAGAGCGCCUCACCACCAUCUGCCAGCGGGAGAACUCCUUCUACGUGGAUACAGUGCGUGCCUUCCGGGACAGGCGCUAUGAGUUCAAAGGGUUGCACAAGGUGUGGAAAAAGAAGCUCUCCGCGGCUGUGGAGGUGGGCGAUGCGACCGAGGUGAAGCGCUGCAGGAACAUGGAGGUCCUGUACGACUCGCUGCAGCUGGCUCACAAGUGCAUCCUCAACUCCUUCUACGGCUAUGUCAUGCGCAAGGGGGCCCGCUGGUACUCCAUGGAGAUGGCUGGCAUUGUCUGCUUCACAGGGGCCAACAUCAUCACCCAAGCCCGGGAACUGAUCGAACAGAUCGGGAGGCCCUUGGAACUGGACACAGAUGGAAUAUGGUGCGUCCUGCCCAAUAGCUUCCCAGAAAAUUUUGUCAUCAAGACGACCAAUACAAAGAAACCCAAGGUGACCAUCUCCUACCCUGGGGCCAUGUUGAACAUCAUGGUCAAGGAAGGCUUUACCAACGACCAGUACCAGGAAUUGGCAGAGCCCUCCUCACUCACCUACAUCACCCGCUCAGAGAAUAGUAUCUUUUUUGAAGUUGAUGGUCCCUACCUUGCCAUGAUCCUUCCAGCCUCCAAGGAGGAAGGGAAGAAACUGAAGAAGAGAUAUGCUGUAUUCAACGAAGAUGGUUCCCUGGCUGAGCUGAAGGGAUUCGAGGUCAAACGCCGUGGGGAGCUGCAGCUGAUUAAAAUCUUCCAGUCCUCGGUGUUCGAGGCCUUCCUCAAGGGUAGCACCCUGGAGGAAGUGUACGGCUCUGUCGCCAAGGUGGCCGACUACUGGCUGGAUGUGCUGUAUAGCAAGGCAGCUAACAUGCCUGAUUCUGAGCUGUUUGAGUUGAUCUCUGAGAACCGCUCGAUGUCUCGGAAACUGGAAGAUUACGGAGAGCAGAAGUCCACAUCCAUCAGCACAGCAAAGCGCCUGGCCGAGUUCCUGGGAGACCAGAUGGUCAAGGAUGCAGGGCUGAGCUGCCGCUAUAUCAUCUCCCGCAAGCCUGAGGGCUCUCCUGUCACCGAGAGGGCCAUCCCACUUGCCAUUUUCCAAGCAGAGCCCACAGUGAGGAAGCACUUUCUCCGAAAAUGGCUUAAGAGCUCAUCCCUUCAGGACUUUGAUAUUCGGACAAUUCUGGACUGGGACUACUACAUCGAACGCCUGGGGAGUGCCAUCCAGAAGAUCAUCACCAUCCCUGCGGCUCUGCAGCAGGUGAAGAACCCAGUGCCACGUGUCAGACAUCCAGACUGGCUGCACAAGAAACUACUGGAGAAAAGUGACAUCUAUAAGCAGAAGAAGAUCAGUGAGCUCUUUGUCCUUGAGGGCAAGAGACAGAUUGUGAUGGCACAGGCCCCAGAAGACAGCCCCAGCUCAGGCACUCCCGACAUGGAGGACUUUGGCCUCACAAAGCCACCCCACUCAGCAGUCCCUGUCGCUACUAAGAGGAAGCGAGUCCUGUGGGAGAGCCAGGAGGAGUCUCAGGACCUCACGCUAACAGUGCCCUGGCGGGAGAUCUUGGGGCAGCCUCCCACACUUGGCACCACCCAGGAAGAGUGGCUGGUCUGGCUCCGUUUCCACAAGAAGAAAUGGCAGCUGCAGGCCCGACAGCGCCUGGCCCGCAGGAAGAAGCAGCGUCUGGAGCCUGCGGAGGGUCUGCUGAGGCAUGGAGCCAUCAGAGACGGGCCUGCCACAGGGCUGGGGAGCUUCUUGCGAAGAACUGCACGUAGCAUUCUAGACCUUCCCUGGCAGAUUGUGCAGAUCAGCCAGACCAGCCAGGCUGGCCUGUUCAGGCUAUGGGCCAUCAUUGGCAGUGACUUGCACUGUAUCAAGCUGAGUAUCCCCCGCAUAUUCUAUGUGAAUCAACGAGUGGCCAAAGCAGAGGAGGGGCCUUCCUGUCGGAAGGUGAAUCGCAUUCUUCCUCGUUCCAACAUGGUCUACAAUCUCUAUGAGUACUCAGUGCCAGAGGACAUGUACCAAGAACAUAUCAACGAGAUCAACACGGAAUUGUCAGCGCCAGACAUUGAGGGCGUCUACGAGACUCAGGUCCCGUUGUUGUUCCGGGCCCUGGUGCAACUGGGCUGUGUGUGUGUGGUCAACAAACAGCUGGUGCCGCACCUCUCGGGCUGGGAAACCGAGACCUUUGCCUUGGAGCACCUUGAGAUGCGUUCUCUGGCCCAGUUCAGCUACCUGGAACCAGGCAGCAUCCGCCACGUCUACCUCUACCACCACUCGCAGGGCCACAAGGCACUCUUUGGGCUCUUCAUCCCCUCACAGCGCAGAGCAUCUGUGUUUGUGUUAGACACUGUGCGCAGCAACCAGAUGCCCAGCCUCAGUGCCCUGUACUCAGCAGAGCACAGCCUUCUGCUGGAAAGGGUGGGCCCCGAGCUCCUGCCACCCCCCAGACACACCUUUGAGGUUCGCGCUGAAACUGACCUGAAGACCAUCUGCAGGGCCAUCCAGCGCUUUCUGCUGGCCUACAAGGAGGAGCGCCGGGGACCCACCCUCAUUGCAGUGCAGUCCAGCUGGGAACUGCAGAGGCUGGCCAGUGAGAUUCCUGUCUUGGAGGAGUUCCCACUGGUACCUGUGCGUGUGGUCGACAAGAUCAGCUAUGGAGUCCUGGACUGGCAGCGUCAUGGAGCCCGCCGCAUGAUCCGGCACUACCUCAACCUGGACACCUGCCUGUCACAGGCCUUUGAGAUGAGCAGGUAUUUCCACAUUCCCAUUGGGAAUCUGCCAGAGGACAUCUCCACCUUUGGCUCCGAUCUCUUCUUUGCCCGCCACCUCCAGCGCCACAACCACCUGCUCUGGCUGUCCCCUACAGCCCGCCCCGACCUGGGCGGGAAGGAGGCCGAUGACAACCGCCUCGUCAUGGAGUUCGAGGACCGCGCCACGGUGGAGAUCAACAGUGCUGGCUGUUACUCCACAGUGUGUGUGGAGCUGGACAUUCAGAACCUGGCAGUUAACACCAUCCUCCAGUCCCACCACAUCAACGACAUGGAGGGGGCCGGCAGCAUGGGCAUCAGCUUUGACGUGAUCCAGCAGGCCUCGCUGGAGGACAUGGUCACAGGCAAUCAGGCCUCCAAUGCCCCAGCCAGCUAUGACGAGACAGCCCUUUGCUCCAGCACCUUCAGGAUCCUCAAGAGCAUGGUCGUGGGCUGGGUGAAGGAGAUCAUGCAGUUCCACAAUGUCUAUGCCGACAACCAGGUGGUGCACUUCUACCGCUGGCUGCAGUCCUCGGGCUCUCUGCUGCACGACCCGGCCCUGCACCGGACGCUGCACAGCAUGAUGAAGAAGCUCUUCCUGCAGCUUGUUGCUGAGUUCCAGCGCCUGGGGUCAUCAGUCGUCUACGCCAACUUCAACCGGGUCAUCCUCUGUACACGGAAGCGCCGCGUAGAGGACGCCAUCGCCUACGUGGAGUACAUCACCAACAGCAUCCAUUCUAAAGAAAUCUUCCAUUCCCUGACCAUUUCCUUCUCACGAUGCUGGGAAUUCCUUCUCUGGAUGGAUCCAUCUAAUUAUGGUGGAAUCAAAGGAAAAGUCCCAUCUAGAAUUCAUUGUGGACAGCAAGAGCCCCAAAAAGGAGAGGAAGCAGAGGACGAGCAGGAAGAUGAGGACGAGCAGGAGGAGGAGGACGUGGAGGAGUCCGGGGUGGAGGACCUACUGGAGAACAACUGGAACAUUUUGCAAUUUUUGCCACAGGCAGCCUCCUGCCAGAGCUACUUCCUCAUGAUCGUUUCAGCGUACAUCGUGGCGGUGCACCACAGCAUGAAGGAAGAGCUGAGGCGUGGCGCCCCGGGCACCACCCCUGUGAAGAGGAGGGGGGCCAGCCAGUUCUCCCAGGAGGCUGAGGGGGCGGCCGGAGCCCUCCCUGGAAUGAUCACCUUCUCUCAGGAUUACGUCGCAAACGAGCUCACUCAGAGCUUCUUCACCAUCACUCAGAAGAUUCAGAAGAAGGUCACGGGCUCUCGGAGCUCCACUGAGCCCUCAGAGAUGUUCCCCGUGCUCCCCGGCUCACACUUGGUGCUCAAUAACCCUGCUCUGGAGUUCAUCAAGUACGUGUGUAAGGUGCUGUCUUUGGACACAAACAUCACCAACCAGGUGAAUAAGCUGAACCGAGACCUGCUUCGCCUGGUGGACAUUGGCGAGUUCUCUGAGGAGGCCCAGUUCCAAGACCCCUGCCGCUCCUAUGUGCUCCCCGAGGUGAUCUGCCACAGCUGCAACUUCUGCCGGGACUUGGACCUGUGCAAAGACUCCUCCUUCUCACAGGAUGGAGGUGUCCUGCCUCAGUGGCUCUGCCCCAACUGUCAGGCCGCCUACAACUCAGCUGCCAUCGAGAUGGCCCUGAUUGAAGCCCUACAGAGAAAGCUGAUGGCCUUCACCCUGCAGGACCUGGUCUGCCUGAAGUGCCGUGGCGUGAAGGAGACCCACAUGCCAGUCUACUGCAGCUGUGCUGGGGACUUUGCCCUCACCAUCCGCACGCAGGUCUUCAUGGAGCAGGUCGGCACCUUCCAGAACAUCGCCCAGCACUAUGGCAUGCCACACCUCAGGGAGACCCUGGAGUGGCUGCUGCAGGAGAGCCCUCGGCCAGGCCACUAGCAAGCCCCAGUGCCAGACGUCCGUGUCCUCGCAGGCACCCUCUGCUCUCAGUGCUGUCUCACUGACCAUCUGACUUUCCAGUCUCUUGGCCACAGUCCAGGGAAUUGAGUGGACCACAGAGACCAUGCAGGGAGCCCAGAGGCAGUAUGAACUAGCUGAAGCAGGGAAUAUGCCUCUGACCUCAACAACUCAACCUCUGAGGCAGGUCACCAGGCAAGAAGCCUCUCGGGUCCUGAGGGGUCGUUUCUGCCAAUAAACAUGCUUUGA